AAAAAUUAUUUAUGUAUUAGCUUUGUGUUUAUUCCAUGACCAAACGAUCCAUAAACCCUAUCAAGCUGUCAUCGAUACUCUGUUUGGCUUUAUCUAAAUCCAUCAAUGGAGGCACUGAAAGAGAGUACUGCGAAUUUGGUUGUGUAUUUACAUCCAUCGAAGGCAAAAAAGGUCGAGGCUGCUGUUUAUCGCGAACUCAGCUCUCUUCUUUUCAAGUUUAAUGAAUCUUUAGAUGGUGUGGUAUUGACUUACAAACCGAAGUUCAGUAGCAAUUUGGCUAAAAUUCUUCCUGGAAUUCACCCUUAUUUUGGUGUGAGAUUUGAAGCAAAGUUGCUGCUUUUUUAUCCAAAGCCAGAAAUGCUAUUAGGUUUUAGUGCCUUCCAGAAGAAUUGGUGUUCCAUCAACAAUCAUGCCGAACAUUACUUUCAUGUCCCGCAUAAUUAUUGUUACUUCAUCAGUUCUCAUAUGAAAGAGACAGGUACUCGAGAUCAUCAAUCGGCGCACCGUUGAAGAUCCACUUACUUCCAGCUAGUUGGUGAGUCCUC